ACAACACCAGACUCCACUUUCUCUCUCUACGACACCAAACCCUCCUUCACUUUCUCUCUCUAAAACUAUUAGCAAUGGCAACAAACAUCGGAAUGAUGGACGCUGCAUACUUCGUCGGCCGAUCCGAGAUCUUAGCCUGGAUCAAACACACUCUCCAACUCAAUCUCUCCAAAGUCGAAGAAGCGUGUGGCGGUGCGGUUCAUUGUCAGUUGAUUGACGCGGUUCAUCCUGGUGUGGUGCCGAUGCACAAGGUUAAUUUUGAUGCGAAGACGGAGUAUGAUAUGAUUCAGAAUUAUAAGGUUCUUCAGGAUGUGUUCAAUAAACUCAAGAUCACUAAGCACAUCGAAGUGAACAGGCUGGUGAAAGGAAGACCUUUGGAUAAUCUUGAAUUCAUGCAAUGGAUGAAACGAUACUGCGAUUCUGUUAGUGGAGGCGAUCUACAAGAUUACAAUCCUCAGGAGCGAAGAGAAGCUUGCAAAGGUGGAAAGGAUGCGACCAAGAAAUCUGCACAAUCACAACCUACUCGGGCCACCACUGCUGCACCUAAAACUCACAAUACUCGAAGAUCAGAAGCACCCUCUGUCAAGAACACCAAACCCUCUUCAACUAUAGACACAUCUGCGUAUGAUCAACAGAUCACUGAACUGAAACUAACAGCGGAAAAUCUUGAAAAAGAACGAGAUUUCUACUUUGCAAAGUUGAGAGAUACUGAAAUCCUGUGCCAGCAUCACACCGUCUCAAAUUUACCUGUUAUAGAUGCGAUAAAGAGGAUCUUAUAUGCUGCCGAAGAGGAUGCAUCAGUUUUGGAAGAAGCUCAAGCUAUGCUUCUUAAGGGUGAAAAACAGGAAGCAGGUUCGAGUCAAGCUGUAGAAGAAGACCAGUCAAAGCCCGAUUCACAGAAGAGGAAAGCCGUUGGCGAUGUUGAAGUUGAUGCAGCGGCUAACAUAGCAUCGUCUCCUAGGUUGAGGGGUUCAGAUGCUUCUGAUGUCCAUUCCGUUGGGUCACCUCUCAUUACCUACUGAUCAUCGUCAUCAUCUAGAUUUGAUGUGACAACAUAAGAGAACGCAUUGGUAUUACAAAGUUUUACUUUAGCAUAUUAUGUCAUUACGUUUACUAUAAUCCUUGUUAUCAAUGGAUAAAUGAGGAAAGAAAAGUUUUGCAUAGAAAAUAGCAUGGAAUGUGUAU